UUGAACCUUCUUCUUCUUCUUCUUCUUCUUUAUGGCAGUUGGCAAACAGUGUCUGGUUGCCGCCACCUUCUGAAAUGUGUGUCAGAAUAAUAUAUUUACCUACACUUAAAUUAUCUUUAUUAAACCAGUUCUUCUAAAAAAUUAAAAAUAAAAAUAAAUAAAAACCUUAAUCUCCAGAAUUAAUUUGGAAAAUAUAAUUUAAUAUCAAAAUGUAUCUCUUCGUCUAUAUUUGAACCUUGCCUGACCUUGCUUUCUUGCACAUUUACUUGGUGGAUUAAAUAGCCUCCGGUAACGGCCAUCUGAUUUUUAAAACUAAGAUAAUAAUAAUAAUAAUAAUAAUAAUAAUAAUAAUAACAACAACAAUAAGAAUACCAAUAACAUAUUGGUUUUGAUUUUUAAAAAAUAAACAUUUUUCUUAUUGAGAUUUUUUUUUCAGUAUUUCAAACCAGUUCUGUCACUAUAGCAACACCCGCGUAAACCUGAUGAACGUUAAUGAAGAAGACACGACAAGGAGAGACAUGUAUGCGUUUGUGAAAUGGUGUGCCGGGGUUGAUGAGGGGAAAUUUAGUAUUGUUCACAUUAAAUACAUACGAAAUUUUGAUCUGGAAAGUUUUGUAAACGGCGUGAUUACAUACGAAGACGAAUUUGCCGUCGAGUGGGGUGUGGGAAAACGACCAAAAGGUGGAUUCCCCAUUUAUAUGGCUACCGUUCAAUCAGUUGGAGACAUGAAUACUUUGGAGCGAAAGUUGGACAAACGUUCGAAGAAAGAUUCCGAAGACAACGCCAUUGUGGGAAAGAGAAUCCGUGUUGCCAAACGUCUGUGGGAGGAUGAGGAUGAGGAUGACCCCCCUACUGCCGUGGCCACAGUCAGUGGAACCAAAGCUGCCAUUCACAAUCAAGGGGCUGAAAUCCUAGAUUCCAUUUCCUUGGAAGAACAAGCAGAAAAUAGUGACAACGAGCUCUCACUUGUGCGUCAAGAAUUGCUAGAAAUAAAAAAAUUCAUCUUUACAGAGAUACCUCAGAUAAAAGAAAUGCUCAACAGAAGCUCCAUGCACCUCGGCAGUCCAGGGUCUCUCCCCAGCCCUUCAAACCCUGUUCAAAUAGAAGAAAUUGUCCCAGGUUCAGGUGUUUACGUAUCACGAAGUGUGUGGCGCUCUGCUUGUGUCACGAUGCUGUUAUGUCAAGACACUCAGUUUCGACUGGCCAGAUCGGAGCAGCCCUGA